AUGGACCAAGCAUUCUGGGACGCCGUGUCAAUCUUCUUUGAUGAACUUCGUGCUCGUGAUGGAUUCAUUCCUGAACAUAUAUGCUUCGUUCUGGAAUCAAGACCAGUCAAACUGAUCAAUGCCCCAUUGACAGAACUACUCAUUAGCUUUGAUGGUGAUGGUGAUGGAGAUGGAUUGAUCACUGGCGAUCUGUUCCCAACAACAUUGACAAGUGUAACAUUUUGUUACAUAUAUUGUCUCGAUCCAAAGAUCGAUCUAAGUGGCCACUCAUCACUAAAGUCAAUACUAUUCAUGGAUACAAUCGAUAAGACUCUGGAUGGAUCUAGGCUCCCACAGAAGCUCACAUGUCUUCUUCUUGGUCGUGGUUUUGAUCAAACCGUGAUCAAUCUGCCACCAAGACUCACAGAACUUGUGGCACCAAGAAUAGGCCAAGUGUAUGAUAACCAUCAAUCAUCCAACAAUCUUCGAAGGUUAGCCUUGGUGGACAUCACACGUAACGGCCUGACUGUCAUCACACCGAUCAACUUCCCCAUGUUGGAGGACUUGACAUUUAGGUUGAUUGAAGUUGGACAUUACUCAUCAUCAUCAUACCACUGGAGCAAUCACAUCACUUCCUCAUGGAAUUGA